UUACUCUUAAAAAAAAAAUUAGAAGAAGAUCAAUUAACAAUAUUUUUUCUUUCAAUAAGCGAACAGGACAAAUCACAGAGCAUAAAAACCCCCCUUUGCUCUAUUAUUGCCCCAACCUUUUCAAUUCGCACACACACUCUGAUAUCUCUCUACAUCGAAACCUUUCGGUUCGUCUUCUCUAUCUUGCUCUGUGAUCGGAAUCAUUGGAUUUGAGCUAUGGGUAAGAGGAAGGCAAAAACAAAGCCACCACCAAAGAAACGGAUGGAUAAGCUUGACACUGUCUUUAGUUGUCCUUUCUGCAAUCAUGGUUCCAGUGUUGAAUGCCGCAUUGAUAUGAAGAACUUGAUAGGGGAAGCUUCUUGCAGGAUAUGUCAAGAGAGCUUUAGCACUACAAUCACAGCUUUAUCUGAGGCAAUAGACAUAUACAGUGAAUGGAUUGAUGAAUGUGAACGGGUGAACACUGUAGAAGACGACGGUGCUUAGUGAUUGCAAGGAUCCACUUCUAGUAAUAGUAAAUGGAAUAACCAUCCAACUUCAUAAUUUCUCCGCCUGUAUUUAUGUCCAUUUCAUAUGUGGGUUUUUGAAAGAUUGUAAUGCUUGUACACAAGAACAUGAAAAUAAUUGUCUAUUUAGGUGAAAUCACUUCAAUGGGAAGCUGAUAUGUAAACAUAUAUUUUAGUUUCAAUUUUGUAGUAUAUGUGCUAGUAGCUGAAAGAGGUUAGAUCUCAUUUUCUAACCUAAUUAAAGCACCCAGUGGGGGGUCAGACUAAUAAUUUGAAACAAGGAAAAAAAUAUGUGUUGGUACUUUGUUCUGUUA